AUGGUGGCACUGCUCGUGGUGGCAUUGGUGAUAUUGUGGAUGGCCGUCCUGGUGUCACUUCUGGUGGCCCUACUGGUGGCGGUGGUGGCAUCAGUGGUGUUUCUGCUGGUGGCCUGCGGUGGCGUCAUUGUUGGUUUUGCUGGUGGCCUGGGGAAAGCGCUGCUGGUGGCAGCACUGCUGGUGCUCGUGAUGGUGGCACUGGUGGAAGUACUGGUGGUGGCACCACUGGUGGUGGCACAGGUGACGUCGUUGUCGGCCUGGUUGGUCGUUGCUGGUGGCCUGGGGAAAGCACUGCUGGUGGCAGCACUGCUGGUGCUCGUGAUGGUGGCACUGGUGGAAGUACUGGUGGUGGCACCACUGGUGGUGGCACAGGUGACGUCGUUGUCGGCCUGGUUGGUCGUUGCUGGUGGCCUGGGGAAAGCACUGCUGGUGGCAGCACUGCUGGUGCUCGUGAUGGUGGCACUGGUGGAAGUACUGGUGGUGGCACCACUGGUGGUGGCACAGGUGACGUCGUUGUCGGCCUGGUUGGUCGUUGCUGGUGGCCUGGGGAAAGCACUGCUGGUGGCAGCACUGCUGGUGCUCGUGAUGGUGGCACUGGUGGAAGUACUGGUGGUGGCACCACUGGUGGUGGCACAGGUGACGUCGUUGUCGGCCUGGUUGGUCGUUGCUGGUGGCCUGGGGAAAGCACUGCUGGUGGCAGCACUGCUGGUGCUCGUGAUGGUGGCACUGGUGGAAGUACUGGUGGUGGCACCACUGGUGGUGGCACAGGUGACGUCGUUGUCGGCCUGGUUGGUCGUUGCUGGUGGCCUGGGGAAAGCACUGCUGGUGGCAGCACUGCUGGUGCUCGUGAUGGUGGCACUGGUGGAAGUACUGGUGGUGGCACCACUGGUGGUGGCACAGGUGACGUCGUUGUCGGCCUGGUUGCUGGUGGGGGGAAAGCAAUUCUGCUUUGAAAAGCAGUUACUGAAAGACCCCCAGGUGUUAUUUGCAGGGUACAAGGUCCCGCACCCGCUGGAACACAAAAUUAUCAUCCGCGUCCAAACCACUCCUGAUUACAGCCCCCAGGAAGCUUUCACCAACGCCAUCACGGAUCUGAUCAGUGAGCUCUCCCUCCUGGAGGAGAGGUUCAGGGUUGCUAUUAAAGACAAACAAGAAGGAAUUGAGUAA